ACUUGGCGAAAUUUUAAUUGAAAUUUCACAUUUGUGGUAAAAGUUUGUGCGCUAUAAAUAUACUGGUCUGUGCGGUGGACUGCAACUGGCCGAUACUCUCCCACGAUGAGCGACGACCUACACAAGUACAGCGACGCGGAGGAGGAUUUGGAGGAACUGAAAAAUUCGGAGUGGAUGCAAGACUUCAAAUCUCUCACCGUGAAACACGAACCGAAACCCAGCGAUGAGCAAUGCCAACAAGAAGGAAAAGUAGAAGCUGGUGAGGAUCUGGAUUACGAUUAUGAUGAAGAAGACGACGACUACGCACUGGGCGAUGAAUACGAUGCGUACGAGGAGGCCUACAGCGGCUUUAGCAAGCACAACACACAGCCGCAGAUGACAACAGCUGGUUCAGCUGCUGCUGGAGGUGGAGCAGGAAACGGUGGAGGCGCUGCUCCACGUGUGAGCAGUUACCAGCCCAACGAAAAGCUGCUACGGCGAUACUCUGCACGCAUCAAUGUGGAGAAAUAUGAUCCGACUCCGAACAUGAGUGCCCAGGCGGCCAACCGGUUAGUCAACUUUGAUCGCCGACAGGACACGGAUCGAGUGCGCGUGAGAGAUAAGCACGAUCGAGCCACCGCAGAGCAGGUGAUGGAUCCGCGCACGCGCAUGAUACUCUUCAAGCUACUCAAUCGCGGCCUGAUCCAAGAGAUUAACGGCUGCAUAUCGACGGGAAAGGAGGCAAACGUCUACCAUGCUGUGUCCAAAGACGGCGCCGAUGAGUAUGCGAUCAAAAUUUAUAAGACCUCCAUUCUGGUGUUUAAGGACCGCGACAAGUACGUGUCCGGCGAGUUCCGGUUCCGACACGGCUACUGUAAGCACAAUCCGCGCAAGAUGGUUCGCACGUGGGCCGAGAAGGAGAUGCGCAACUAUCUACGAAUGCGAAAUUCUGGAGUGCCCGUGCCGGAGCCGAUUCUGCUCCGAUCCCAUGUGCUGGUUAUGCGCUUUUGCGGCCGGGACGGCUGGCCGGCGCCCAAGCUAAAAGACUACGAACUGAGCACGUCGAAGGCGCGAGAGCUGUACCGGGACUGUGUGGUGAUCAUGUGGCGGAUCUACAACCAGUGCCGCCUUGUCCACGCCGAUCUCUCAGAGUUCAAUAUUCUGAUGCAGGACGGCCAACUGGUGAUUAUCGAUGUCAGCCAGGCAGUCGAGCACGAUCAUCCGCAUGCAUUCGACUUUCUGCGCAAGGACUGCACCAACAUAUCGGAAUUCUUCCGCAAGAAGUCGGUAGCCACCAUGACUGUCAAGGAGCUCUUCGACUUCAUUACCGACCAAACGAUAACCGAGGAGAACAUGGAGCAGUGCUUGGAGAGCAUCUCGGAGCGCAUUAAAGACCGCGACUUCGAUGCCAUAACGGCACAGGAGAGAAUCGAUGAGGCCGUCUGGCAGAACACAUACAUUCCCAAGCGCUUGGACGAGGUGCGUCAUUUCGAGCGUGAUGUUGCCAAGGCAAAGCAAGGUGUGCAGCAGAAUCUAAUCUAUGGGAAAAUCACCGGUUUGACAUCCGAUUUGGACGUGCAGAAGCAACCAGACGUAUUGCAGCCCACAGCCGAGCAAGAGGACGUGGGAAGCGACGACCAAAUAAGUGAAAGCGAAGAUGAAGAUGAUUCCCAGGACAACGACGAUGGCUCCAAGUUCAAGAACUCGUCCCGUCCGCGGGACGAAUCGCUGGAGAGUAAAAAGGCCCGCAAGAAAGCUGUGAAGGAUGCCAAAGCGGAACAGCGAAAGGUCAAGGUGAAAAAGCAUGUUAAGAAGCGCAAGGAGAAAAUAGGCACCAUGAAGAAAUAGUAAGGCCACCACGAUUCGAAUUAAGCGCAAGAAACUGUCGAUGUAGCUACCGAUAUCGGUAGAUCUCCGGAGUGCAUGGAGUCAAUGUGGAUCUGUAGUCUUACAUUUUUUGUAUAAAUCAUUGAUAUCAAUAAGAGGCCUCAUUUAUAAAAUUUAACUUUAGAUUCUA